AUGGGGCGAGGAGAGAGAAAGGAUGUGGGGCCUCCUCCCAUUCCACUCCUGAACCAGGGGAGCCGUCUUUCUUUAACGGAGUUUGAGGACGCGUAUGGCUCCCUGGAGGAUUUGAUCAUCUUUCAAGUGAUGGGUGAUUCCAAUGAGCCCCACGGCUAUGCCAUUGGAAAGAUCAACAAGUUUUACCCUUGUGAGGACACGGGAGCUCAUGUGGAGCUCAGCUACUUAGGCUGCGAAGAUGGGUUUUACAGGUGGUACAUUGAGCAUGAGGGAGAGGCUGGUGGCCUCCCGAAAGACUACUCCCAUCAUCUGUGCCGCCGGGCCCUGAGUACUUGUAUUCGCAAAGAGGGGAGGAAAAUGAUCCACGUGCAGAAGUGGGCACCCGUCACCCGCGAAGAUGCUCACACGCUUCUGGUUGCUUGGGGUUACACUGGUUUUGCUGACAAGGGACGGAGGGCACCUCUGUCUAGACGCAGUGGCCAUGUGUCAGCCCCCGGGAGCGCUGCAAAGAGCCGGCCCCUUAAGAGGACCGCGCCGCGGGACCCAAGCGAGGAGCCGGAGGCGAUCGACUGUGAGAAAGAGGGGGAUGACGAGCCUCGUGAGGAGCCCCGUGCUCCCCGGAGGAGGACAAAGGGCUCGGCUGCCAGGGCGCGGGAGGCGUCGAAUGCACUCGACAGCGUGCUGGAGGACGCUACCAAGGUUGGUCCUGAUGCACAUGAAAAGGCCGGGCCUCUUGAGAGCCGCCUGGCAGGACUUCGCGCCCGACUUCAGGAGAAGACGGGAGCCAAGAAAGGGGGCGCAGCACAGGCGCUUGCCGAUAAGGCGCAAGCCGCCGCUGCUACUUCCAAGCCUCGCAAGAGACGCAGAUCAAGUGAUGUGGUGCAUGCUUUGCAAAAGGCCUUGCUCCCACGCCAUCGCGAUCGCGAAUACGAUCUUCCUGAGGAUGACUCCUACAGCGAGGGCAAUGAGGACGAUGAUGGUCUCCCGGCAAGGAGUGGUUCCACAAGCCUGGUGGCAAAGAAGCGGCAGCUGCGAAAGUUUGCACAGGAGAACCCCGGGCAGCUGCUGCGCAGAGGCCUCGAGAACAUGAGGGAUCAGGUGGGCCAGCUUUACGGCGACCAGGACGUCGAGGAGGAUAAGUACUCCCCUGUGGUGAACCGCUACCUCCUCUCAGUGUUGCUCCCGAACUUCCCGGCGCGCCAGCAGCCCGAGGAGCGCCACCGGGAGAUGCGCACUUUGGCUUUGGGCAUCGACCUGUUGCUGAAGGGGAAGAUCGACAGUGCAGGAGACCUCUUUAUGCAGCGUUUCAAGUCGUUAACGAUGGCCUUGCGUGACAACGACAACCGCUUCGGUCACUACUUGGAGCUCUUGCCAGAGGACCUUGUGGGAGGCGGAGCCAGCCAAGAUGAGACGGAAUACGCCCGAACAAUGGCCCUCAAGGCCGCAAGAAGUGAGGCACUUUUGAAGAAGGGGUGCGGAGCAGGGCAAAGCUCCGACCUCGCCCGAACCUUCUCAAGUUGCCCCACCGAGAACGCCGCCAAGGGAGCCUUCGAGAUCACCGGCGAGGAGCCCGAGGAGGACGCCGGCCAUCAGAGCACCUCUCGAGAGGAGGACAGGCCAACGGCAGGAUCGUCAUGUGAGCUUCGCGCAGGGCGGCAAGGACGAUCAAAAGGAUCAGGAGCCGGAGGGUGUGAUGGCCAAGGCUCGGUUGGCGGUGCCUCGCAAGGAGGGCGAGAGCCGCAGCAAGUGGAAGGACCGAGUGUUUGCGCACCUACGAAAGGGCCAGUGAGGAUGCUGGUGGAUGGAAAUCAUGAUGCGAGCGGCCCCGGUGAUGCACCAGGGGAGUUCUGCGGCCAGGGUGGGAGGGAACUCUCCCAUAGCCUUGGUGAGCUUUUUGACCUGCUCCUUGUGGCCCCUCAUGUGUCAUGUAAUGCACUCGCAAAGCAGAUUAUGGAUUUCGUGGAAACUCAGCACACGUUGCAACUUGGUAUUUCGCUGCUGCAACUUCUGUUGGCCUCUCUGAGAGACCGGGGCCACUUGAGUGGUCUCACGUGCCUUUUUGAAGACAUCACGCCUCUUGUCCAGGGGACGCUAAAGCAGGGGCGGGAAACAAGGCAGCGUGACCUUCUGCCUUUGCCACUUCCCCCUUUUGGCGCUCUCCUUAACUUAGCGAAGAAGCUCAAGCGGCCCGGCUCAGGAGUUUUGGUUUGGAGUGAUGCUGAGGCUCGGAAGUUGGGGAAGCAGCAGCGUAGGAAGUUGGUGAGUGCAGCAUGCGAGCAGACGUGGAGAUUGCUGAGUGUUAUUGUGCUCAAUGGUGAGAGCUCCUCGUGGGUGAAGCUGGUGCCUGCCAGUGAUCAUGUUGAGACCCAGAGCCAGAGGGUUGCCCUGGCGGGACUGUCCAGGCGUUGUGCCUGGUGGUCCAAUCGGGCGCUGCAGCCGCGGCCCGAAACAUCAUUUGAGGACGUUAUUCGGUCACGGCAGGUUGAUUACACUGGGGAUGCUGUGUUGAAAGCCUUGCCGCUGCGGCUGGAGGAGUUGGCUCCCGGCCUACCGGAGGAUGGAGUUGCAGGGAGCUUGGAUGCAUUGGCGAUUGCGGAUGGCGAUGUCGCACGUUGGUUGAGGGAUCCCUCGCAAGCCUUGUUGAGUCCCGAAUCAUGGCCCCGCCCAGUCCCGACGGCGUCCAUGAACGUAACUCCGCAUGAAUGGGAGCGCAUUGUUUCAGUCCUCUUCCGAAAAGGCAUUCUGGAGCCAAUUGAUCUUUCAGAAGUUUUUCGCGUCGACGAUCAACCCAUUCUCAACGGAAUAUUCGCCGUCGAAAAAGGCGGGGAUCCCGCCCCGGGUGAAGCCCGGGUUACUCGCCUAAUAAUGAAUUUAGUGCCAACAAAUUCGCUACAACGGCUGAUGCCUGGCGACCUCGCUACAUUAUCUGGCUCUAGCAACUGGAGUUCUAUUUUGUUGGGACGGGGCGAAGUACUCCUUUGGAGCGGUGACGAUCAAAAGGGAGCUUUCUACGCGUGGCGACUUCCAAAGGUCUGGCGCAAACUUAUGGCGUUCAAGUGGCCGGUACCUGGGCAUCUAGUUGGACGUCCGAGUGAUGACUCGGUUUAUGUCGCUUCAGCUGUGAUCCCCAUGGGUUGGAUAAACGCUGUGAGUUUAUUUCAACACUUGCAUCGUCGUGCGGGGUUGGCUCGUGAGCCUAGUGGGGCUGGGCUGGACCCAAGCCGCGAAUGGCGGCGCGACAAACCCAUCCCGAAAGGAGCCGUCGAGCCAGCGGGGGCAUGGUACCAGUACUACUUGGAUGAUUUCGACUGUCCGGAAAAGGUUCCUCGGAAUAAAUGGGAAAUAAUGGCGCAGACCAUGUCACCGACUCAGGCCCGUCAGCGUGCGUCGUAUGACCGUAUCGGGAUUGGAAUAUCCGUGAAGAAAGCCCACAUCCGCGAGCCAUGCGUAACCCGCAUGGGUGCGGAGAUUGACGGCCUGGGAGGUUUUCUGUCUGCCCCCCGCGAAAAGAUGUUAGAAACCGGUUGGUUGAUGAUCUGGUCUUUGUCGCGUCCGGCUUUAUCCCCUCGUAUGAUGAUGGUGGUGUUGGGUAGAUUUACGCGAUGCUUUGAGUUUCGUCGUCCCUUGAUGGGUUUACUCAACCGCUGUUGGCCAAAGUCAAUGUGGUGUCGUGCCUCCAGGCCUUCGGCUUUACAAGCCCAUGAGCUCAUCACGGCAGGGUCGCUCCUAGGCUUGGCAGUCAUGGACAUGCGCACGCCAGUGUCAGGGCUGGUGACUUGUUCUGAUGCUUCUACCAAAGGAGGGGGAAUGUGUGCCUCGGCAGGUCUCUCGUCUCGAGGGCAAAAAUUCCUUGAGCAGCUGGACGCCAUACCUUUCGAUACCGAGUGUUUUAAGCCGCAAGGGAGUCUGCAGCAGAAUCCGUGCGGGGGCCCCCGCGUUCUGGUGGUGUCGAUGUUUGAUGGGCCUAGUGCUGCGAUGUGCGGGUUGACGCGGCUUCCUUGCGCUGUGCAGGGAUACGCGAUGUCCGCGACGGAUGUAGAUGAACUCCGGUUGUCUCGCACGAGGUUUCCAGGGGUUAUCCAACUGGGGAAGCCCCAGGAGGUCACUGCUACUGUGAUUGAGAAACUCGUGGCUUCGAUUGGUUAUCGGUUGGAUCUGGUGCUUUUUACAGCUGUUAGUCCGUGCCACUGUUUGGGGGGAGUUGGCGAUGGAACUGCCACGUCAUCUACUCAGCAGCAACUCCUCUUCUGGGAAAUUCCCCGCGUGUACGAGCUACUUAAGCAGUCAUUCGCAGUCCCAGUUCAUUUGCUCCUGGAAAAUCUCGCAGAUAUUCCGGACAGCGCGAUUGCAGCUUUCAACGAGGCAUUAAGACUCAAGCCGUACUUGGUGGACGCCAAGAGCUUCACCUGGGUGCGGCGGCCCAGGCUUUUCUGGGUCACUUGGGGAAUCACUCCACUGCCCGGAGAAGUGUUGCGUGAUGCAGGGCUGUACUACGAGUGGCAGUUUCCGAUUCAGAGGCCCGCUAAGGAUUUUUGGGUUGAUCCAGGGUGCUCCUGGGAUGCCGAGGAGGACACUUUGCUGCCCGUUUUUACUCGGAUCGUUUCAGGUUCACUGCCGAUUGCUAUGAGACUGCUCAUUUGGUUACAUCGGCUGAUGGUUCACUUCGGUAACCUUGAUCAUCGAGUGAUGUUGCUUCUGGAUUCUCAAGUGGUUUGUGGCAUCAUAUCCAAAGGCAUGCGCGCCCGCUACUCCCGAGCCGUCCUUGCGUUCCUCACCUAUGUAGCGGAUGUUGGUCUGCAAGCAGAGAGAAUCAGUCAGCUGUGCGAGGCGGCGGCGUCCUGGGUGGAGUUCCUCUACGCAGACGGCGAACGUAAAGGGCUUGCCAGUGAUGGGCUGGCGGGCCUUCAAUACUUCCUACCGCAAUGCCAGAGCAGGCUUAAACUGGCAUGGAAGUAUGUCAAGGUUUGGCAACGUCUUGAGCCUCCUGAGCGGGUGCUUCCACUCAGUCCUUUGCUAGUGUUGGGAAUGGCCGGGCUCGCAGCCGCGCUACAUCAGCCUGAAAUCGUGGCAGGCCUCUUGGUCUGUUUUGAUGGUAUUCUGCGCAGUGGAGAACUGUACCAACUGCGUGUGGGAGAUGUGACUUUUUACGCAACUAGAGCAGCGCUGCGGCUUGGGUUGACCAAAGGCGGCAAGCGUACAGGCCAAGAGGAAAUGAUUGUCAUCAAUAGUCGAAUCGCGGUUCGUUGGUUGCGGCGCGCUUGCGCAAACAAGCGGGAUGAUCAACUCGUGCUCCAUUGCGGAGCCGAUUUCUUCCGCAGAUGUUUUAAGCUGCUGGUGUCAGAGUUUGGCCUCUCCGACUCCAACCUGAAUGUGUAUUCGCUGCGGCGUGGAGGCGCUUCUUGGGAUUUCUUGGCGUACCAGUCCAUGGAACGAACAUUGCUACGCGGAAGAUGGGCGUCGACUUCAUCGGCGCGAGUGUAUGUACAGGAUGCGGUGGCCACCGUGGCGCACUUAAAAUUGCGGCCGUGGCAAACAGCACUGGCGCAUCGUGCAGCAGCUUUUCUGUGA